GACCUGUGGAAUAAUUGUGACAACAGAAGUAUUAAAAAUGUUGCUUUUUAGUUUAUUUACAUUUUGGUUUGUGCAUUGGGGCACAUUAGGCACUAGUGGUAAUUAAUAUUUUAUCCAAUAAUAUUUCAUUCAAUAAAUAAGAGACAAACACUGACCUAUAUCAACCAAGAAAUCAAGCAUAUUGUUAACAGCUAACUUUAACAUGUAUUUAACAUGUUUAUAUUCUGAACUCCUCAGCGCUGUGUUUACUGUUUACAUAAAGCCUAUAUUAAGUUCAGAACUUGUCUCGGUUCUAAUAAUUAUUACCCACACAUUAGACAGUUUUCCUAGUAAUCAGUACUCCACAGGGCAGUCGUUAUGUUAAGGUACAUUAAUGUUAAUCUCAUUGAUUUAUUAUAAGUUAUAUUUAACUGGUCUCUCAGCGUCCUCGCGUCUCGUCAGCUGAGAUGGUGCAAUUACACAUUCUCACCAGAAAGGUCUCCAAAUCCCCAAAUCUCAGAAAAUUGCACGCUGUCUUUUUAUGUGAUAGUGAAAGUAAAAUUUGAUAAUUUCCUGGAUUUUUUGCAGGGUGUGUGAGUGUGUGAAUCGGUGUGUGUUGUGUCUGGAUCUACAGUUUUGUCAUUAAUAGAACCAGGAAACAAAAUCUUCACACUGUAAAAUGGCAGAAGCCAAUGCUGAUCCUGAAGAUUUGGAGUGUGAUUUCUGUACUGGGAGAAAACACAAAGCCGUCCAGUCCUGCCUGGUGUGUCUGGCCUCUUUCUGUGAAGCUCACCUCCAGCCUCACUACCAAUCUCCAGCCUUUAAGAAGCACAAGCUGGUCAAAGCCUCCAGACGACUCCAGGAGCAGAUCUGCUCUCAGCACGAUAAACUGCUGGAGGUUUACUGUCGCACCGACCAGCAGUGUAUCUGCAUGCUGUGUACCAUGGAUGACCAUAAAGGACAUGAUACAGUGUCACUUGCAGCAGAAAGAUCUGAGAAACAGAAGCAGGUGGUGGAAACACAGAGGAAAUACAAGAAGAGAAUCCAGGAGAGAGAGAAGGAGCUUCAGGAGUUAAUAGAGGCUGUGGAGACUCACAAGCGCUCUGCUCAGACAGCAGUGGAGGACAGUGAGAAGAUCUUCACUGAGAUGAUCCUCUCCAUUGAGAGAAGACGCUCUGAGGUGAGGCAGAUGAUCAGAGAUCAGGAGAAAGCUGCAGUGAGUCGAGCUGAAGAACGUCUGAAGAGACUGGAGCAGGAGAUCACAGAGCUGAAGAGGAGAGAUGCUGAUCUGGAGAAGCUUUCAUUCACAGAGGAUCACAUCCAUUUCCUCCAGAGUUUUCAGACUCUCUCAGCUCCUCCUGGAUCUUCAGCAUCACCUGCUUUUACUCUCAGUCCUCUCAACACUUUUGAAGUUGUUCUGAAGUCUGUUUCUCAGCUGAGAGGAAAACUAGACGAAUUCUGGAAAGAGGAAUUUGAGAAGACAUCAGCUGCAGUGAAGAAAGUGCAGAUCAUUCUUCCUCCUGAACCCAAAAGCAGAGAAGACUUCCUGGAGUAUUCCUGUCAGCUCACACUGGAUCCAAACACAGCUUUUAAAUACCUCCUCCUGUCUGAGAGGAACACAGUGGUGACCUGCAGCAACACAGUCCAGCCAUAUCCUGACCAUCCAGACAGAUUUGAUGGAUGGGCUCAGGUUCUGUGUAGAGAGAGUGUGAGUGGACGCUGCUACUGGGAGGUUGAGUGGAGAGGAGAUGGAGGGGUUGAUAUAGCAGUGUCUUAUAAAAGCAUCUCCAGGAAGGGAGGCAGGGAGUGUGGGUUUGGAUGUAAUGAUCAGUCUUGGAAAUUGUUCUCUAAUUCCUCCAGAUACACAUUCAGUUACAAUAACAGAGAAACUGUAAUCUCCGGAGUGCCCGUCUCCUCUAGAAUAGGAGUGUAUGUGGAUCACAGGGCAGGAACUCUGUCCUUCUACAGCAUCUCUGAUACCAUGACCCUCAUCCACAGAGUCCAGACCACCUUCACUCAGCCGCUCUACGCUGGGUUUGGGUUGAGCUCCAACUCAUCAGUAAAUCUUUUACUUUCAGCAAAAUAGAUGAACAUGCAGAACAAAGAGAAGAGCUGGAUGAGAUCAGAUAAGAACUGCAGAAUCUAGACUGUAGAACUGAUCAAAUAAAGUUAUAAUAGUGCUGGGAGAUAUUGUUAAUAUAAAUAAUCAUAAUUCUGAACGGUAAUUACGUCUGUCCCAGAUUAGAACUGCAGGUACAUUUCCUGUAUGGAAAGAUUUAUUCAGAUUUAGCGUUAAAUAGUUUAAACCGUUUAUAUCAUUAACAGAGCUCACAGUAACAGAGUUCAUAUUUUAAACUUCAUAUUACAGAAUUUUAUUAAUUUUUAACACAUUAUCAUUUAUUAUAAACUGAAUGAAAGAUCACAAUAAAAUGUUUAAAUUAUUGUACUGUUGUUUUAUC